AUGGCUCCCAAGAAAGAGAAAGCGCAGAAGAUGCAGUUGGGGGAGUUCCUCACUGAUACAUCACUGGGAUCAUGGGCAGAUGAGAUGGAAGAUGCGCCCAUGCCAUCACCUGCUGGAGGCUCAGUAUAUGGAAGAGGCGACAGAGGCUACGGUCAGGGAGGUGGGUUUGGCGCCAGCAAAUUCGAAGACCGAGGCCCACCGCGCACGGACUUACCUCUGCCUUCGAAGCCUCCGUACACAGUCCACUUGGGCAAUCUCUCGUACGACGCUACCGAAGGAGAUAUCUCUGACUUCUUCAACGAAUGCGCAGUCGAGAGUGUACGGAUCGUUGAAGACAGGCUUGAUUCUAAACCAAAAGGCUUUGGCUACGUCGAGUUCAAGACCCUUGAUGGGCUGAAGAAAGCUCUGUCGCUGAACGAGACGCAAUUCCAGGGUCGAAGAAUAAGGAUUAGUGUUGCAGAGCCCCAGAAAGACCGCCUGGAAUCCACCAGGGAUUUUAGCGAUUGGUCAAGAAAGGGACCCCUACCAGACAUGCCAAAUCAACGCAAACCAUCGGGGCGAGACUUUGGGGCUGGUGCGCCAAGAGGAGCAGGCUUUGACAAUAUGUCUGAUGCAGGUGGUGAACGUGGAGGCCGCCGUGCAUUUGAGCCAAGCGAUGGCAAGGUCCGAGACUUUGGCAAUUGGGAGCGGAAAGGCCCACCAACACCAACUCUUACUGCCGGUCAGCCGAGUCGAAGCUUUGAUAGGCCUGGAAGCCGCGACGGUCAAUCAUUGCGCCGUAACUCGCCUGCCUGGGGUGAGGGUCGCUCACAAGAUGGUGGUUCGCGGCCUCCAAGACGAGAAUUCACAGAACGACCGCCAAUCGAUCGAGCGCCUACAGCUGCAGAGCAAGACAAUCAAUGGCGGUCCAAAAUGCGACCAGACGCUCCUCCGGCGCCACCAACUCCAGAUAGUGCUGCUGCGAAAUCGCCUGCGCUCUCGACUCGCCAGCUAAGCAAUUCUUCAUCUCCAGCAGCUGCACCUGUUGCUCCUGUUGAGAGGCCUAGACUCAACCUCCUCAAGAGAGGGGAAUCCAGUCUUCCUGCAGACACGGUCAAAGCGUCUGAAGGUGAUGCAAAGGCCAAUCCAUUCGGUGCGGCAAAGCCAAUCGACACUGCAACUCGCGAAAAAGAAGUGGAAGAGAAAAGACAAGUUGCGUUGCAGGAGAAGAAGGAAGCCGACGAAAAAGCGAGAGAGGAAAAAAAUUGGCUGAAGAAAAGGCAAAAGAAGAAAAACGCUUGGCUCGUGACGCUGAACUGGCAGCUAGGCCUGGAAGGUUCUCCAAAAAGCCCACAGCAGCAGAACGGGAACACACGGCCGAACACCGAGCGCAAAACCUCACAAGUGCCUGAGCGCAAGAAGCUCGAGAGGAAGUCUACGGGCGAGAAGGAGAAUGGGUUACCAGCUCCAUCGGCUGGAAAGCAAUACGAGAUUUUACGCCGACAAGUCGACGAAGAGGCUACCGCUGCUGAUGAAGAGCGCGAAGACGCCGAGGCAAUAGAAGAAAAUGCGAAUGGCAUUAUUACGGGCGACAAGGAGACCAAACCUCAAGAGAUUGUCAGAGACCCAAAGCAAGACGCCCAGACGAACGGCGGAACGAGCGCUGCUCCUGACCAGACCGCAAAGCAAUUGGAAGACGAGGGCUGGAGUACUGUCUCCAAGCCGGAGAAGAAACGAAAGAACGCGGUCUUGACAGUCAAAAAGCAUGGCGAGCUCGAUAGGAUCUCCAUCGCAGUCCAUCUUUUCCUCGACACCGUUCUAUCUUCUGCUGAACUCAAUGCCCCGCAAGGCGUCAUUACAUGUGGAACAAGAAAGAACAAGACAAUUGCUGCCGGUGGCAAGCUUCCAGAAUGUAUCCCAAUGACUAUCGACCAAUUUGCCCUUAUCAGCUCUAUCCUCACCUUGGGCGGCCUGCUUGGAGCAUUGGCAGCAGGUUCAUAUAGCAGCGAAUAUGGUCGAUUGAGGACGAUGCGCUUGAUGACCAUUGCUCUCAUCGUUGGCCCAAUCGCUGAAAGCUUGAGCCCCAACAUUGCAACACUUGCAAUUGGACGGUUCAUAUCUGGACUGGGUGCAGGAUCCGCUCUGGUGGUAGUACCUAUCUACAUCUCAGAGAUCUGCCCACCGGAAAAGAGAGGUCUAUUCGGGGCUAUGACACAAAUCCUAUGCAACCUCGGGAUUCUGAUCUCGCAAACACUGGGAUACUUCCUCAGCUACGGCAACAUGUGGCGCGUCAUUCUUGCAACAGCAGGGUGUGUGGCGGUCGUACAAUUCUUUUGCCUCACUCUAGUUCCAGAGAGCCCGCAAUGGCUCGCCGAGCAUGGAAAGCCUGACGGUGGAAAGAAUCUGCUCAGGAGACUACGCGGUAGACACUACGACAUCCGCAAAGAAUGGAAAGGAUGGAAUAUCAUCCACGACGACCCCGCAAGCUGUAAACCGCUCCUCCGCUCCUCCCCUCUCUUCACUUCCCGUAGACUAACAGCUUGUGUAGAUGAAGAAGACUCCCUCAUCCCCCCAGCCUCCAUUACCGACAGCCCUGUACCGCCAGAGUCCAUAACCAUGAUAGAUACCCUAAGAUCCCCGCAAUACCGCCCGGCUGUCAUUGCUGUCAUCGCCGUCAUGCUUGCCCAGCAAUUCACAGGCAUAAACAGUAUCAUCAUGUACUCAGUCCACCUUCUCACAUCCCUCCUCCCCACCUCCGCCGCUCUCCUCACUGUCGCCGUCUCUGCCAUCAAUCUCAUCAUGACCACAGCCUGCGCGCCCCUCCCCGAUCGCAUCGGCCGCAAAACCUGCAUCCUGGCGUCCACAGCUGGAAUGGGCAUCUCCUCCAUCCUCCUCGCCGUCGGCAUAGGCCAGGGCAUCAAACCCCUCGGCGCCAUCGCCACCCUGCUCUUCGUAGCAGCAUUUGCGGUGGGUCUAGGCCCCGUUCCCUUUAUUCUCGCGAAUGAGCUUGUGGGCCCCGAGGCCGUGGGCGCGACGCAGAGUUGGGCUCUCGCCGCGAAUUGGAUUGCGACGUUUGUGGUCAGCCAGUUCUUUCCGAUGGUUAACAAGGCAAUGGGAGAGAAAGGACGGGUGUAUUAUCUUUUUGCGGGACUGGCAGCGGUAUUGGGCGCAUUCAUCGCCUGGUGGGUCCCUGAGACGAGGGGACGGAGAGAUGUAGAUGAGGUGUGGGGACGGAAUGGCAAGGGUAGGGGUAGGAGGGGGAGUGGGGAGAGGAUGGAUUAG